GCAACAUCAGUGCGUUUUCGAUCGCGGAUGCGCAUCGUCGUUAUUCUGAUCCUCGUCGUUGCCGAUAAAUGCGCGGUCAUUAUAAGACGCUACAACGUACGUGGCACGUCUUGACCCAAGUUUAUAUCCGCUAGACGCAAUUUAUACAACGUCAUUUCACUGAUGUUCGAUUGUCAGUGACUAUCGAACAUUUAAUGCUACGUUCCAUUACGAGUUUGACGCAGUAGUACAGUAUUCGCGAUCGUCAGAGUGAAUCCGCCGACAUUCUCCUCAGUUUGAGACGUGAUUAAUCAUUAUCAACUAGACAAUAACGAGAGUGAUUUCAGCGAAAUGGCACAUUCAAUAAACACCCUGUUCCAUCUGGCUAGUCUAACAGCUUACGGCUUCACUCAUUAUUACACCUUCAAUAAAUUGCAUGUUCCUAUGCUCAAGGAAGUCUUCAAAGAAUACGAUCCUGGUCAAAUGAAAUACUUAACAGUAUGGAACGUGAUUCUUCAAGCGGUAUUCUUCUUAAUAUGUUUUCUCAACGACUUAGUCGGCACAAACGCCGUAAAUCCCAAAAAGCCGCCCUUCACACGGAAAUUGAAGGAUUACUUCCAUGCGAGUCUCGGGUUUCCCAUUGCCAUGUUCGUUGGCGUAACUUUUUGGGCGUUGAUGUUAGUCGACCGUGAGCUAGUAUUACCGAAAGCAUUGGAUCCAUACUUUCCAUGGUGGUUGAACCAUUUAAUGCACACGAUGAUCGUAAUAACGACUACAAUCGAAAUGAUUAUCGCGCCACGACAAUAUCCUAAGCGGUCUCGCAGCCUUGGAAUACUCGCGAUCUUUAUGCUUACAUAUUUAGUUUGGAUACACGUAAUCUACUACAAAAGUGGCGUCUGGGUGUAUCCUGUAUUCGAAGUAUUGACGCCGCCGCUGCGGAUCGUGUUCUUCCUAGUGCUGCUAACAUUCUGCACGAUCCUCUACUUCGCCGGGGAGGCGCUGAACAACCUCAUUUGGGGUAACGAACAUACUAAGCAUAAAAAAUCUCACGCCAAAUCCAAGUAGCCUCGUCCAAGCGUCUCUAACGGGUGACAAGUCGCAUCACGUUCUGCCUGCCGCCUGCGGUGGUGGUAAAUAAAACAAAAAUGUAUAUUUUCUACACCUCCGUUGCAGCAUGCACGUAUGUCAUUUAGCGGACAUAUAAACGUCACUUAGAGAAUUUUUAGCGUUGUGUAUGUGCAUGCAAGGCGCAGUUUAAGGUAUAACGGAUGAGGAUCAGCGCGAUUGUUAACCCAGCGCGGUGGAGAUAACAAUAAAACGGAGCCAGGAGCCAGGAGCAUGCAAGGUACAAUGCAUUUGUAUGUGAGAUCAAGGGAGACUAAUUUAUAUGGUGUUAGUGUUUUUGCGCGCCGAUCGAAUAAAAUGAUACGCACUUAUCAAUCCCUCCCCACGAUAAUAUUUAUUUUUGUACUUUCGUAGCGAACGAUUUAUUAUAUUAUUUUUAUUGAUAAAAAAAUUAAUGCACGGAGAGAAUACGUGUGUAAUACAUAAUAUACUACUAGCACACGUGACAAUUUGCCCGAACUAAAGUCCAGAUAUAUUUGUGAUCGAGUGUAGGAAAAAAAUACGUAGCGGUAAUGGAGAGCGUCGAACCGGAUUUGAAAACGUAGAAACGGCUGACGGACAAGAGGAAUCUUAAAUGUCGUAAUGUACCGAUCACCGGAAGAUAACGUCGCCGAAGACAUUUUCUUGCAACAAGUGAGAAGUGCCUUGGCGAGACCUAGUACAUUUACAGUACGAAGAUUAACUCCGACGUAGACAUUAAUGUUCUAUUGUAUGAUUAUUGGUGCAGUUUUUCAUUCAGCGAGAUAUUUAGUGAUACGUACGGCCUAAGGAUUAAUAUUGAUUGUCGAUAUUUUCCCAAAUAUUUUAUUAAAUAAGUUGAGGGAAUGAAUCUUGAUAUCCGUUUCGUGCCAAAAAAAUAUGAUUUAAAUUAGAGCGUACGUCAUCACAGGGAUCGACGUGUAAUUAAAAAUAUGUAUUGUUUACAUAUUUGUGUGAUUGGAUUCUAUAAUUAUAAUUCAUUCUACAAUAAAAAUUUAAACGUCAAUGAUUUUACUCCCGGUUUUUCUCGAAGAAAUGGAAAGCAAAGAUUUAAUGCAGUAAUUAAUCUUAACUUAUUGUAAAGAAGCAAUAUAUGUGUGCACACGGCCGCAUUUGCCAUAAGGCGCAUUAGGCGCGAGCUGGGGCCUCAUUUUAAAACCUUACUCCUCACAAAUAACAAUAUAAAAAACAGCCUAGUUAUAGUUGCAAAAUAAAAUACUUGCUUUUAAAUAUUAAAUUCAUAAUAUAAAAAUUAGAGGCCACUGAAAAAUUUGUAAGUGGCAAUUGUUUAUUAAAUUUCGCCUUUUUGCAUCAUGUAACGCAUGUCGAAUUUUAUUUUCAAUAAACUUAAAAAAAAAAAAAAUGCGUAUGACUUGAUUAACUGAAAUAGACUUGUUCUUUUGAGGCCUCAUAUUGAUGUUGCGUCUAGGGCCUCCAAAAGUAUAAAUGCGGCCCUGUGUGUGCAAUUUUAGGCACAGAUUUAAAAAUAUUGAAAGUAGCGAAACUAAAUUUGGAAAAAAAUGCGAUACAUGUAUAUUUCAUAUCAAUAAACACACAUAUACAUGAAUAAUAAAUGAUUAGCAAACAUUUGUUAAUCGUGUAUAUUCGGCGAAAUGUGGUUUUUUAGAUUCAUAUUAUCGAUAUUGUUAAAUAUUGCUUUUCCAAUUGAAUUUUGGAAUAUGACGCAGAAAUAAACGACAAAUAUUUAUUUGUUAUUAAAAUAAAGAUCGCGUUCGAUGUCUUGUAUCUUAUGUAUCCUAUAAAUACGAAUGUGACUUGAAUUAUAGUUAGAUUACGAUAGAUAAAUAGAUUUCUUUGUCACUAAUUUAUAAGAAACAGCCAUAUAACAUCUAAAAAUUAUAAAACGCAUUUUAUUCAGCCACUUGUUAAAAAAAUAUAAAAAUCAGUAUACCUUAUUGUCAUACAUGUAGAGAAAGGAUGUUCGAUACAUUCUUACAAACGCUCGAAGAUAUACUACGAAGGAAUACAAUGCCCAUGAUGCGAGUGGUCGGUUAACGCCGUAUCGAGAUUCGAUUAUUGAUUUCGAUGACAAAGCGUAGAAAAAUAACGAUACUCAUUAUUGUACAUAUACCUUUUCAAAUGUAGUCCGGCUUUUGUUAUUGCACGCUACAUAUUUUACAAUAAUAAAAACUCACAAAUCACACAAUCUCAUUUUCGUUCAGUAAAUAUCGUAAUGAUUGUAAGAGAGAGCGUCAAAAUGAACGUACAGUCCGCCUAUGUCUAGCGAUGCAAUAGUUAAUUCAAUAAAUGAUUAUACUACCUAA